CUGUCAGUCGCCGUUCAUUCAUUCAUUCGUUAAUUUAUUUUCUUUCUCUUGCAACUUGCAAAACGUUUUUGUAUCGAAAUUAAAACGUAAUUAAUUAUUGCAUUUGUUACGUUACGGUACGCUAUUGAUAGCAAUUUAUUGGUAUUUAAUCAAAAAUACAUCAAGUUGCAACUAUGUGGAAAACUUAACUGUGUCGACCUUGUGUACAGUAAAUACAUCUUUUCAUCUUUGACUGAGAUAAAGUGGAUUAUUCUCGUAUUUUACAUUGAUCUGAAUAGUUUCUGUAUUAUUGAACGGUUUUUCUAUAUUCUACAUACUACAGAUGGUUUGAUAACAUAAAAUAUCGGCGGUUGGACUUUAGUAUGUAUACAUUUGUGUGUGGCAACGACCACCUGGAGAUCGGGAGAGAUACUUCACCAUGACUAUGUACCCGACGUCCGGAGCGGUAGCAGCAUCCCAAGGAGCGAUCAGCCAGGUAGCUCAAAAUGGGAGCACUACUCUACCUCGCUCACAUCACCAAAGAACAGGACGACCACCAGCAGCCCCAAAAUCCUAUGACUAUUUGUUGAAGGUCUUAUUGGUAGGGGACUCCGAUGUCGGCAAGCAAGAGAUCCUCCAAGAUCUAGAGGAUGGAUCUGCUGAUUCUCCAUUUUGCAGUGGUAGCGCAUACAAAACAACAACAAUUUUGCUAGAUGGCAAAAGGGUGAAGCUACAACUAUGGGACACAUCAGGUCAAGGGAGAUUCUGCACUAUCAUACGCUCGUAUUCGCGAGGAGCACAGGGGAUACUACUUGUGUAUGAUAUCACAAACAAAUGGUCUUUUGACAGCAUUGACAGGUGGUUGGAGGAAGUAGAAAAGCAUGCUCCAGGAGUACCAAAAGUGCUGGUAGGCAACCGGCUACAUUUAGCUUUUAAGCGGCAAGUGCAAGAGCGCGACGCGGAGCUGUACGCUGCAAAGAACCACAUGGCUUUCUUUGAAGUCAGCCCGCUGUGUGACUUCAACAUUAGGGAGAGCUUCUGUGAGCUGUCCAGGAUGGCGCUGCAUCGGAACGGUAUGGAAAGGUUAUGGAGGAGCAAUAAAGUACUAAGCCUCCAAGAGCUGUGUUGCCGAGCGAUAGUGGCGCGGACGUCAGUGUACGGGCUGGAGCGGUUGCCGCUGCCGACCACGCUGAAGUCGCACUUGAAGUCGUACGCCAUCUCGGCCGCGCCCAGCCGCCACCGCGCGCGGGCCUCCAAGCACCCGCACCACACUCGCCUCAACUGCACGGGACGAAACUCUUGCAAUAUAGCCUGAAGAUCUGUUAUUAUAUGGGAUGGACAAUGACAUUUUAAGACUUCAAUACGGUAUCGAGUUUUUUUUAUACAACUGGGGUAUAAAAAAAAAACAAAGGCAUCUAAUGGGAAGUGGUCGCCGCAGCCUUGAAACACCAGGGGUAUUAAACGCGCGUUUCAUAAAGUAGCGGAAAUAGCGACAUAUGAUGUUAUAGCAUGUUCCAAAUUGAAAUUAAUGUAAUAUAAAUUAUUAUCUUUUUAUGAUGUCCUUAGAUCGAUUGAUAGUUGAGGCCAUAUACCUAGAGCGGCAAAUAAAGGCAAAAAUGAGAUUUAGUCCUUGUAAUAUGUAAUAAUAGAUGAAUAACUUGAUACAAUCUGUUGGUAUGCAUUGAUUCAAUCGUCAAAUUGUUAUCUCGUGGUAUCUUAGACUAAACAGCGCUAUAUAAGGACAAGAUUUAUUGAUGCAGAAACAUGCUAGAGUAGUCACCUCCUUGUGAAGACAACAGUUAUUCAAAAUAUAUUUUUAUACUUUCUUACUUAUUUCGUGUUAUAAGUAUUCAAUACAGCACUAAUCUGACUGCCAAUUGUAAGUACCGAUAUUGUUUAUGCUAUUCUAUUAACUAAAUAACGUUGACUCUUGUGUCCACGCUAGACGCGUUUUCCGCACCCAAUCGUUAAAAUACAGGCUGUAACUGACAACGGAUUUGUGACUAGACAUAAGUAUUGUUACUUAACAUAUAAAAUAAUGUGAAUAUAAGUGUUAUUUAAUUAUAAUAAUAUGUGAAUAUUUUGUAGUACGGCGACUAUAUCCUCGUUUGUCCAUUUAAAUGAUACAAAAUACUUUACUAAUUAUGGUUGUAGUGAUGUAACUAGAGCUAGCAUUGUAAUUUGAUGAUAUCAUAGAGUAAAUGCGCUCCGAGAUUUAUCCGCAGAAUUCCAUGAUGUAAGAAAUUUACAUGAACAUUGUUCUAAAAACACAAACAAUAAUUGAUAUUUAUGUAUUCGCAUGUCAGUCGUUGAUAUGGCCAUUAUCUGAUAUAGGAGAAAAAUCGAUAUUUUUUAGAUUAAUUAAUAUCAUAAUUACGUAUGUGAUAGAAUUUUGCGGGAAAAUGCGAUGAUAGUUUACAUAACGACAACGUUCAAGUGCCAUUCGUUUCUGGCAUGUGACUUUAAUUUAUCACGAGCCCUACAUAUUACAAUUCGCCUGUAAAUACAGAGCCGGAUUAUUAUCAUACAUAUUUCACACAGUUAUAGCAGAUAGUGUCAAGUAUUCAACAUAUUCGGUCUAUAAGAGGAUUGACCAAUGAGGGCAAAGCGCUUUACAAGUAGAAAUACUUGAUUUUUUUUCUAAUGAGGAUAAUGUUAGUGGGCAUAAGACGAAAGAGAUAAAUUAAUUCGGACCGACAGCUUAGAUGGAAGUGUCGUUACCUCGAAAUAGAGAUAUGGGUGCGUUUAUAUCCCCACUUAAGUCCAGUCAAAUGUUUUCAUUAAAUAUAUAAUUAAAAUACUUGAAGCUUUCAUUAUGACAUGACAUUAAGUUAUUGUUGUUAGUAUUUAAAAUUGCUAUAAAGAGUGGUUGCACAACUGCACUAAUUUAUAGUUUAAAUCUAAAAAAAACAUGAACCACCGCCUUAUACAAUAAUGUAAUGUUCCAAAAAUAUUCGCCAUGUUGCGGAAAUGUCUAAUUGUUGCUAAACAAGUCCUCAUAUUCACAACAGGAUAAUUAAUGAAUUAAAACUCUAGUAUGCCCUGUCCGACCUAUUUACAUUGAUAUAAGUACAAUUAACAUAAUUACGUAAUUUAACCGAGCUCUUGGAUUGAUUAGCCUGCGAAUUGUGAAAAUCACUUCCAUGUCCACUAUAUUAAGAUAUACUAGUAUAUAUGUAAGAUAUCACGUGUCAACUCGAAAUUUGUAAAUAUUUGGCUAUAUUUAUAACUGUUUUAAGGAAUUAAUUGCAAACCAAAAGUUUUUUGUAAAUUGUAGUCAAAUUUGGACUAUUUUCUGAAGCGAAAAUUUACUAAAUAUGUACACUAUUAUUUAGUGUUAGUCUUAUUAACACAACUUCUUAGUUAUUGUAUAUUUUGUAUAAUGGUUGUGUACGUUUUAGUGGAACAAUAUACACAUAUAUGUAGCUUAUUUUGCAUUUAAUGUUUCACUGUAUUGCAUCAGGCACGUUGAUAUAGUGUUUUAUUACUAAUUUAUAUCACAGAGAAUGACCCAACGGUUCAAUCAAAACAGAUUGAUACAAUCCGUCCCUUUCAAGUUCAGUAAUCAUUUCACCAAUUGAAACUUCUGAAUUACAACUUCAUUUACAUUUUUUUAUUAAAUGAAAGUACUUAUAUUACUUUUAUUUUAUUGAUAGAUGAAUUUAUUUAAUAUGCAUGCAAAAAGUUCACUUGAAAAAAGUUAUGUAACGUGAUUUCUUUAGAUACAACAUUUUGCAAUAGUAUGGCCUGUUUCAUCAUAUUAUGUAUUAAUUACGUAGUUGUUGAGUGGGAAACUUUAAUUAGGUACUUAAAUCUGAUCACAGAAUUGGACAAUUAUCCCCAAAUCGGAUUCAAUUAAAUAACAAUGGAUUGUAUGUAUUGAAAAGUUGUUCAAUUCUUUGUUUAGUUAUAAGGCACUUAAAAGUUUUCUAGUAGUUCAUCAUUCGUUUAAAUCCAGAUUUUGAGUAUUGUGUAGCACUUUUAUUCAUAAAAAAGUUAACCCUUAUUUUAGUUUAAACAUGUUUCUCGUCAUCUCUACAGUGGUUUAACAUGAAUAGGAUUAGCUUUUUUAUAAAUAAGAGGGUACAUAAUGCAUGUGCCGGUUAAAAAUCACCUGUUUAUCUCCCUAACUUUAUGUACAUAAUUGUUUUAUUAUUUUACGUAUAUUUUGUGAUAGUUUUAGUUUAUAUCCAAAUACACUAAUACCAGCUAAAAGUUUGGGUUAGGUUGAUACAGUCAUAAUGUUACUGCUAAACGAUUGUAAGUUGUAAAAUAAAACUAAUUUAUAAAUAA